AUGGCUUCGAGGCGUGUCGGGAGCCUCGUGCUCAAUGCCGGCCUGCGCCGUGCCCACCUCCAGUCCAACAGGUGCCUGCUGGCACCCCGAUCUGUAGCUACAUGCACACAGGCGAUUCAGAUCCGCAGGUCGACAAUGGCUAGCUUCCAGAUCCCUACCGUCUCUAACGAGCCCAACCACCACUACGCCAAGGGGUCCGCACAGAGGGCAGGCCUCACGGCGGCACUCGAGAGGAUGCAGCAGAACGGCUCUAUCGAGGUUCCCCUCUUCAUUGGAGGCAAGGAGGUCAAGUCGUCCAACACCGGAAAGCAAGUGAACCCGGCCGACCACGGCACCACACUCGCGACCUACCACAAGGCGAGCCCCGAGCACGUCAGCCAGGCCAUCGAGGCCGCACUCGCCGCCAAGCCGGAGUGGGAGUCGAUGCCCUUCUCGGACCGUGCCGCCGUCUUCCUCAAGGCGGCGGAUCUCAUCGCCGGCAAGUACCGCUACGAUAUCAUGGCGGCAACCAUGCUCGGCCAGGGCAAGAACGCCUGGCAGGCCGAGAUCGACUCCGCCGCCGAGCUGUGCGACUUCCUGAGGUUCAAUGUGCAGUACGCCGAGGAGCUCUACGCCCAGCAGCCCCAGCACCACUCUGCGGGUGUGUGGAACAGGAGCGAGUACCGCCCGCUCGAGGGCUUCGUGUAUGCCGUCAGCCCCUUCAACUUCACCGCCAUCGCCGGCAACCUGUCUGGCGCACCGGCCCUGCUCGGCAACGUGGUUGUCUGGAAGCCCUCCGACUUCGCCAUUGCCUCCAACUGGCUCCUCUACCAGAUUCUCCUCGAGGCUGGCCUGCCCCCCAACGUCAUCCAGUUCGUGCCCGGUGACCCGGUCGAGGUCACCAACGUUGUGCUGCAGCACAAGCAGUUCGCCGCCCUCCACUACACGGGCAGCACGGCCGUCUUCCGCAAGCUGUACGGCCAGAUCGGCGAGGGCACUGCCGAGGGUCGGUACGCGGGCUACCCCCGCAUCGUCGGCGAGACGGGCGGCAAGAACUUUCAUCUCAUCCACCCGACCGCUGAUUUGGAGAAUGCCGUGAUCCAGACCGUCCGCGGUGCCUUUGAGUUCCAGGGCCAGAAGUGCAGCGCCACCUCGCGCGCCUAUGUCCCCGCGUCUCUGUGGCCCGAGUUCAAGACCCGCCUGGUGGCCGAGGUCGAGAAGCUCAAGCUUGGCAACCCCUGCGAUCACACCAACUUUAUGGGCCCUGUCAUCCACGAGGCCUCCUUCAAGAAGCUGUCGGGCGUCAUUGACGAGGCCAAGAGCGACAGCGAGCUCGAGCUGGUGACGGGCGGCAAGUACGACAAGUCCAAGGGCUACUUUGUGCACCCUACCGUCUACAAGACGACCAACCCGCGCCACAAGCUGCUCUCUACCGAGCUGUUCGGCCCCGUCCUCACCAUCCACGUCUGGGACGACGCCGCGGGCCAGGAGGCCUACUCCCGGGUCUGCGAGCUCGUCGACUCGACGUCCGAGUACGGCCUGACGGGCUCCGUCUUCGCGGCGGACCGCAGGGCGCUGCGCUUCGCCGAGGAGAAGCUCCGCAACGCCGCGGGCAACUUCUACCUCAACUGCAAGAGCACGGGUGCCGUCGUCGGCCAGCAGCCCUUCGGCGGCGCGCGGGCCAGCGGCACCAACGACAAGGCCGGCAGCCCGAACCUCCUGGGCCGGUUCGUCAGCGUGAGGAGCAUCAAGGAGGAGUUCAACGCGACGACCAAGGUCGAGUACCCGAGUAACGAGGCCUAA